AUGGAGUCAGCGCCGCCUCAGCAGGGCGUGCUGAGCUGGCGCCUCAGCUCGCAUCCCAUCACACUGUUAACAUUUCUCACAUUCCGCAUCUCGUCGCUUCUCGUAUACCUCUUCGGCGUCAUCUUCACGGAUAACAUGGUGCUCAUCUUCAUCAUCACGAUCCUGCUACUAGCUGCCGAUUUCUACUAUCUAAAGAACAUCGCUGGUCGGCGACUAGUCGGGCUGCGCUGGUGGAACGAGGUCGACCCCUCCUCGGGCGACAGCCGCUGGGUCUUCGAGAGCAGCGAUCCGGCGGUUCGCACUAUUAACGCCACCGACAGUCGCUUCUUCUGGCUGGCCAUCUACGCGCAACCGGUGCUCUGGGUCGCCCUAGCUAUCCUGGCCUUUGUGCGCCUUAAGUUCAUGUGGUUACCCCUUGUUGCCAUCGCGAUCUCCCUAACGAUCACAAAUUCCCUCGCCUUCUCGCGCUGCGACAAGUUUAGCCAGGCUUCCAAUAUUGCCGGCAGCGCUCUCUACUCGGGUAACAUCGCAGGCAACCUCGCGAGCAAUAUGGUCGGCCGCUUCUUCACUUUUGGCCGUUCAUGA